AUGUCGGGCGAUGCCGAAGCACAGAGUAAUGACAGGCCUCGGAGCUUCCGGCAGCUCGGCUCACACCCGGCCUUCUCUAUCUCGAGUUGGAUAUUCUGCUCUAGUCUGACAGUUCUCCUCAACAAGUGGCUAAUGUCCACAGUCGGCUUCAAAUAUCCCAUAACCCUAACCUCCUGGCACCUCCUCUUCGCCAGCCUAGUCACUCAGCUCCUCUCCCGGACAACCCCCCUCCUGGACGCCCGCCGCACCGCCAAGAUAACAGGCCGCCUCUACCUCCGCGCCGUCGUCCCCGCCGCCCUCGCCCACGCCGCCGCCCUCGCCUGCACCAACCUGGCCCUGGCGCGCCUCAGCCUCGCCCUGGCGACCGUCCUCCGCGCCGCCUGGCCCGUCGCGUCCCUCCUCGCCGCCUGGGCCCUCGGCCUCGACAACCCGCCGCUCCGCCGCGCCCUCUACGCCCUCGCCGUCCUCCCCGGCGUCGCCCUCGCCGUCGUCGCCCGCCCCGCCGGCUCGGACUCGGACUCGGAAUCCGCCGGCCUCCUCUUCGGCGCCGGGGCCGUCGUCCUCGACGCCCUGCACGCGGCCGUUGCGGCGGCGCUGCUGCUCUCCUCCGGGGAUGGGGCCCCGGGCGCGGGCGCGGGCGUGGGGCUCGACCCGCUCGUCGCGCUGUACUACACCGCGCCCGUGUCGGCCGCCGCGACCUCCCUGGCGGCGCUGGCCGUCGAGUGGCGCGCCUUCGACCCCGCCGACCUGGCCAGGGCCGGGCUCUUGACGCUGCUCGCGAGCGCCGUCGCGUCGUUUGUGCUGGCCGUCGCUGGCGCGUUUGUGACAACCAAGACCUCCAAACCCACCAUAUCCACAGCCUCCCUCCUCCGAGACUUCCUCCUAAUCGCCGCCUCCGUCAUCGUGUGGCGCACCCACCUGACCCCCCCGCAACUCCUCGGCUACGCCCUCGCCUGCGUCGCCGUCGUGCACUACUCGCUCGGCUGGGAGCAGAUGGCCGCGCGCUCGGCCGCCGGGUGGGCUUACGCCAGGGAGGUGGCGGCCGCCGAGCCCGACGAGGUGCGCCGGUCCCUGGCGGCCCGGAAGAGCCUCGUCGUGGCGCUGGCGGCCACGGCUGCCGGGUUGCUUACCGUCGGGUACGUGUUUAGUGGGGCGGGUGCUAGUGUUGCGAUGAGCGCGAGGGCGGGCUAG